UGUGGGAGAAAUGGAGAGAAAAAUUUUUGUACUCAUCUUCCUCCUGACAGUGAGGAAUUUAGCCCACUGUCAGGAAUGGGAGAAUCUUCUCUUCAUCAAACUGGAAGUAUUACUGGGGAAGCAGGAAGCAGCCUUAGUGAAGCAAGAAGCAGCCUUGAGCCAGAUGAAGGGAAUGCAGGAGAAACUGGAACAGGUCGAAGGCAAACUUCAAGAAAUCCAGGAGAAACAGGAACAUGUCGAAGGCAAACUUCAAGAAAUGCAGAAUAAACUUCAACACGUCGAAAUUAACCUUCAAGGUACAGCGACAGACAGCCAGGACUCUCUGCAAAGGAUCCCUCAGGAAACCAAAGGCUGCCUCGGAAGGGAGGACUUGGAACAUUUCAAGAACAUAACAUUAGCAGGACAACAAAAACUGGAGUCUUCCCUGCGCCAGGAAAUAUCUGGAGUCAUCUCUUUGUUGGAGACUGGAGGAAUAGAUGAGUGCUCAGAGGGAAGCCACAACUGCACUGAUUAUGAGACCUGCUCUGACAAGCUAUUCAAAUAUCAGUGUUCCUGUCUGCCCGGAUUUGCACGGGAUGGUUCGCGCUGUGAAGACGUCGACGAGUGCGCCCAAGGGAAGGACGAGUGCAGCCCCCUGGCAACAUGCAGGAACUCCGUCGGGAGUUACAGCUGCUCCUGCAACCCACCUUCCGAGGGAGAUGGGCGAAUGUGUUCCUGCCCUUCUGGAUUUGCACAGAAGGGUUGGAAUUGUGAAGGUUUCAAAAAUGAAUCUGUUAUUGUUAGGAGUGAUAUUGUGUAUUCAGACAUCUUUGUUGUAUGGAAAGAGCGCUAGGACGAAAGAAAUAGAAUUUAAUCAUGGCUUGAUUAUCGAGAGAAUAGAUGAUGUAUUCAUCGUGU